AUGUACAUGAACACCCUCGUUUCUGUCCUUGCCGCCGCUUCCUGCGCCGCGGCUGCUCCCCUGCAGCUUGAGGCACGCGGUACCGUUGCCCACGACUCCCUCAACCCGUGGCCGGAAGCCGUCCGCGCCGGCGUCGAGGGUGAGGCCAUCAAGCGCUUCGCGCCUCUGCUCCACAUCGCCCACGGCUGCCAGCCCUACACUGCCGUCAACGAGGCCGGUGACACCAGCGGUGGUCUCCAAGACACCGGCUCCUCGACCGGCGGCUGCCGCGACCAGAGCAAGGGCCAGACCUACGCCCGCGGCGUUCAGCACGGCGACCGCUACGCCAUCAUGUACGCGUGGUACUUCCCCAAGGACCAGCCCAGCUCCGGCGUCUCGGCCGGCGCCCACCGCCACGACUGGGAGAGCGUCGUCGUCUGGCUCGACAACGCCACCGACCAGAACAUGAUCGGCGCCGCCGCCUCCGGCCACGGCGGCUUCAAGACGACGACCACGCCGCAGAAGGAGGGCGACCGCGUCAUGGCCGAGUACUUCACCAACUUCCCCACCAACCACGAGCUGCAGUUCAAGACCAGCCCCGGCAAGACCUACCCCGUCCUCGACUGGGACGCCAUGACCGAUGCCGCCAGGACUGCCCUCCAGGAUACCGACUUCGGCAGCGCCAACGUGCCCUUCAAGAACGGAAACCUUGAGGCUAACCUCGACAAGGCCGCUGUUUAA